UUCUUCACUCUCUAUAACUCAAAACUGUUUCCCUCCACCCUCUUUUCCCCUACAUUCAAUUCCUUCCUCUUCUCGAUUACUCUCUGUAUCAUUUCCGACCCAAACCAAAGUGGUGACCUCUAUUUGUAGGCUUUGUUGCAAUGGACACCACAUCUUUGGAUGCCAAAAGCCGGCCUUUUUCACUUAAACUAUGGCCUCCGAGUGAAAAUACGAGGCAAGUGCUUGUGGAGCGGAUGAUAAACAAUCUUAGCAAAAAAUCUGUUUUUACCGAUAAGUAUGGCACUUUGAGUAAGGAGGAGGCUGAGCGAAAUGCAAAACAAAUUGAGGAUGUGGCUUUUGGCUCUGCAGAUCAACAGUAUGAAAAAGAACCAGAUGGUGAUGGAGCUUCUGCAGUGCAGUCUUAUGCUCGGGAAUGUAGUAGGCUGAUUCUAAAAGUCCUUAAAAAGGGAUCUAUUUGCGAGGUUAGAGAAGUGGUAUUUGAAACUACACCUAAAGAGACUUUGUUUGAUAUAUCUAAAGGAACACGGGCUUUUAUCGAAGCUGAGGAAGCAGAGGAACUUUUAAGGCCAUUGAAGGAGCCAGGGAAUGCCUACACUAAAAUUUGCUUCAGCAAUAGAAGCUUUGGUCUAGAAGCAGCCCGUGUUGCUGAUCCCAUUUUGGUUUCCCUCAAGAAUCAGUUGAAAGAAGUUGAUUUAUCAGAUUUUAUAGCAGGUAGGCCUGAGGCAGAAGCUCUUGAAGUGAUCAAUAUCUUUGCAGCUGCUUUGGAAGGUAGUGUUUUGAGAUUUCUAGAUCUCUCGAACAAUGCCUUGGGUGAGAAAGGUGUUAGGGCAUUUGGAGCACUCCUGAAAUCACAAAGUUGCUUGGAGGAACUCUAUUUGAUGAAUGAUGGCAUUUCAGAAGAGGCUGCUCAAGCAGUUCACGAGUUGAUUCCUUCUACAGAGAAGCUUAGAAUCCUUCAUUUUCAUAACAACAUGACAGGAGAUGAGGGUGCUUUUGCAAUAUCGAAGGUUGUGAAACACUCUUCUCUUCUGGAGGAUUUCCGUUGUUCCUCUACGAGGGUAAGCUCUGAGGGAGGAGUUGCCUUAUGUGAGGCACUGGAGAACUGUACCCAUUUAAAGAAGCUGGACUUGCGGGACAACAUGUUUGGUGUGGAAGGUGGAAUUGCAUUGAGUAGAGCUCUUUCCAAGCAUGAACAUUUGAAAGAAAUCUACCUUAGUUACCUAAACCUUGAAGAUGAGGGUGCAGUUGCGCUAGCCAAUGUUCUGAAGGAAUCAGCUCCUAAACUAGAAGUCUUGGACGUUGCUGGUAAUGACAUAACAGCUAAAGCUGCUCCUGCUCUAGCAGCUUGUAUAGCAGCAAAGGCACUUCUUACACAACUGAAUUUGGGUGAGAAUGAACUUAAGGAUGAAGGCACUAUUCAGAUCAGCCAGGGGUUAGAGGGUCUUUCCCAGUUAAAGGAAGUUGACUUUAACAGCAACUCAAUUAGAAGAGCUGGAGCUCGAGUGUUGGCACAGGCUGUGGUUCAGAAACCGGAUUUUAAGUUGUUGAACAUUAAUGGAAAUUUCAUAUCUGAUGAUGGCAUAGAUGAGGUGAAGGCAUUAUUCAAGAAAUCUCCUCAAAUGCUUGGCUCUUUGGAUGAGAAUGACCCUGAAGGAGAGGAUGAUGCUGAAGACGAUGAAGAAUCUGGAGAGGAUGAAGGUAAUGGGGACAGAUUAGAAUCAAAGCUGAAGAAUCUUGAAGUUGACCAAGAUUAAAAGAGGUAGUCUAUGACUCAAUGUCCUAGGUGCUUUUUAGUUUUUUUCUUUCCCCAAUUAGGUUCCAGAGCUUUAGUAGUUUAGUCCCCUCUUGAACAUCUAUGACUGGAAGGUUUAGUUGCAAUUUCAGGAACUAUUCUGUUGAAUCGCUCGGCUAUGUUGUCAUUUUGUGGAGCAGUAUGAAAGCAGUCACAGGUGUUUAGCAGGCCAACUUGGGUUUUUUGUUUGGUUUGGUAAGUUUGGUUUAGAAGUUGAGUGAAUUCCUUCAAGUUAUUUUCUGACACGUGUCAGUGCAUGUUAAAGUGCAAAUUAUGUGACCCACAAUUGUGAUUCCUUGUGCUAGUUUAUGUUCAUCCAUUCCUGACU